GCUCUCUCUGUCCACGCUGCCCGCUCACAACACAGCACAGAGAGUGGAGAAGAGAGCGCUCGCAGACACAGCAUGCCGCUCUAGCUAGCUUACAGCAGUCUGGGCGUACCCCCACCCACCGUACCCGCGCAAGGAGAAUGGCGACUGUGGUGGCGGCCGUUGAGGCCGGGGUGGUGGCGGUGGCAAGCGGGCGGAGCAGCAAGCUGGUCCGGGGCCUGUACUGGCGCCUGCGCGCGGGGAUCCGGCGGCUGCAGUCGGAGCGGCGCAGGUGGCGCGGCGGCGGCGGCGGCAGGCGGGAGCGCUUCAACUUCCACUACGACGCGCUCAGCUACGCCCUCAACUUCGACGACGGCCGCCGCGCCGCCGACCUCGUCCUAGUCUGAAGCAGAUGCCGCGCUCGCUAGGUGCUCUAUUUGUGUUGUGGGCCUUGGGACUGGGCUGCGUAUGGAAGCUGGUGGCCUAGGGGUCGGGGUUCUUCUGUCUGUGUGCUUCUUUAAUUAGUGCUUUAUUUAGUUAGUUUAUUAGGAGCUGCAAUGUCUCGGGGUGAACUGGAAGAGCAAUCUCUGUAGUCUACGACCUCUUUCGCAAAUGUAACGCCGUGAUUUGCAGAGGCGAGAUUAUUCUUCGCA